GAAACCUGUUAGACGCCUUCUAGCUCGGCCACAAGACACCAUCACGUCAUCGAUCCUCAGUCCUUUCACUUGUAAUCUUGUGACUCUCUUCGCACUCCUUGUGUUUCUUGUGACCGACUGCUGCUGUUAGAGAUCUGAAUGCUGUCUGUCCGUGCCGACAAUGUCUUUCUGGCAAUGUUGUUGUCCAAAUCCCCUAGAGGAAGAGAGAAAGCCUUUUGCACGAUCACAGAAGAAUGCAAAGCAAGUGAAGGUUCUAACGAAAGGGGAAAAGCUGGUUGUAAAACACGUCAAUGUGCCUGAAUUAGACAGAAAGUUUUCCGUCAUCGCUGAACUGUACAAUGACCAGGUGGAGAGUCAAGAGAUCCUGACAUACUGUGCGUCCACAUUGAAAGUGAGGGGUUGUGCGUCCAGUCUUACCGAAUGCAUACAGACACUACAGGAAACGAACAGUAACUGUGAUAUCAAAGUAAAAAUGGAGGGCUAUAACUUCUACUUGCUGAUGACCUCUAAAGAGGAACUUCCUGAAAACCUAAGAGAGGUCCAGGAGCUUGUGAAAAGGAUGAGCCGUGCAACGAAGCUUGUUAUCAGUAACCAGAUGAAGUUUACUGAAAUGGUAUUUGCCAUUCUCCAAAAAAAGACUCAAAUGGCCGAUGAAAUUAAGCAAGUCAACACAGCAUACCUGGACCAAAUACGUCUCCAAGAGAAUCUUCAAGAGAAUGUUCACAAUAUGGAGCAAGCUAAACAGUGGUCGAAGGAAUACGCGGAGGAAGCUAACAAUAUACUCAGAGAAAUGGCCAAAGUUGCGGGAGUGCAUAAUAUCUGAGAGGACAUUUUGAUAUUAUCUCAAUCGCUUCAUGCUAAUAGGUCAAAGUGUUGAAUAGUUAAGUACACAAACUAGUGUUGUUUCAAGGAGAAUAUUAUAUAUCCUACAGUUUGUCCUAGUGUUGUACGACACAAAUGAUUUCUGCAUAUUAGCACUGUGUGUAUAGGCAGAGCUUGCAUCACCAACUUCUAAAACCCACCAUCGGAGUUAUUCAAAUCGCAUUGUAAGUAAAUGACUCUUUGUCUGCCAUCACAUUGAGAGAUGAGAGAUUAUCGGCAUCCAAAUACGGGAUGAGCGCCCAUGUUAAUUAAUGAGAUAUACAAAGGAAUUAUUAUGAUUUAAAUAUCUAUGUUAAAAAGAGCCCACGUUUCAGAUACAUCAGCCACACUAGGUAGAGCAACUGCAUUCAACUUAAUAAUAUACUAUUUAUUAUCUUUAUUAUGACUCUAUUCUAAAACCUCAUUGAACCUUUAAUAUUGUACGCUCUGUUAUUCCUUACCCCUCGGUCAUACACCACUCACCCCCAAUAAUCUGUUUCACAGGUCCCAAAAGUGUCUGAUAACCUUACCAGCACAUUAGCUUGUCCACCUCAUAUCUCCGGUGGAUCUUCAUUUACGAUAUAUCUGUAGGAUAUACUCUGCUUUUUCACCUGCCAUUUGCCUUUGUAUGUUCUUGAAAUCUUUGCCAUAAGCGAUGUGUAUGAGUUUUACUUUAUGCUCAAUAUUGCACAUGUACAAGGGACCUGAGUAACAAACAUGAUCUAACAGGGUCUUCUACAUCUGGAAGCUUGUCUGAAAAUACAUUUACAUCACUUUAUGACAUCAUUUUAAAACCAGUCUCCUCUACUCUAAGUGCGGAUAAAUUAAACAUGAAUUAAAAAUAAUUUCAGUUGUUCUGCUCAAACUCAUAAAACACAACUGGCAAGUGUUCUGAAUUCAGCUAGACUGUCCUUAUUUGGGAUUUGGAUCGAUAACAAACGCAUCAACGAUUGCUCAGAUAACAGCGGAUUUACACACUUAUUGUAUCUCGUGACACCAUCAUUGAAGUAGGGAUAUAUGGAUGGGAUAGAUAUAGUUAGGUUGUUCCAUUUCUCCAAAGUGGGGAUUUUUAGCAUAGAGAAAAAAAUAUUUCAAAUGUCAACACUAUUAUUAUUCUUAUGAAAUCACUGCUGGAAUCGAGUAAUGGACACGCAAA